GGUGAAGGGGGGCGGUACCUGCAGGCCCAGAAGCCGAGGAUUGAAGUUGGGUGAGUGGGCGCGUGCCAGUGACAGCAGAGAAGGGGAGAGACUGCAGGGCCCCUUGUCACUCCAAUCAUGGCACGCCAAAUGGGCAAAGACCCGGGCCUGAAGGAGAAGGUGAAGAUGUUUCUGGGGUUUGGGCCCCCGCGUCCCAAAUCCAAAAAUUCAGACAGGCAGCCAGAGUAUAUUAUUACUGCUGAACUGCUGAAAGACCUGAGCCCCGAGAGUGCCCUCAGUGUAAGGCUACGUGCAAUGAAUCAUGUCUGUGAACUGGCAAAAACAAAGAAGUUUGAGGAUCAUGCUGUUGAAGCGAUCUGGCUGGCGGUGGAAGACCUGUUGCAGCCAGAGCAGCCAGCUGAGGCCAGACUUGAUGUUCUGAAUUUGUUGAAGAGUCUCAUCGUUGGACAGGGUGAAAGGCUGGGAUUUCUUCGUGCCCAUUUUUUCCGGGUUAUAAAGGAUUACCCCACCAAUGAGGACCUCGAGCAGAGACUGGAGGUCUUCAAAGCUCUUACCGAUAAUGGCCGAGACAUCGCCUAUCUGGAGGAGGAGCUGGCGGCGUUUGUCCUGCAGUGGAUGGAGGUGGGCCUGUCCCCGGAUUUCCUGCUGGUUCUGGUGAAUCUGGUGAAGUUUCAUAGCUGUUACCUGGAACGUUACAUUGCUCCUAUGGUGCAAAUGAUUUGUCUGCUUUGUAAUCGGACUACAUCUUCCUAUGACAUCGAGGUGUCUUUAAUGGUCCUGGACGCCGUGGUGUGUUAUAACUGUCUGCCAUCGGAAAGCAUCCCAACAUUUGUCAUCACACUGUGCCGAACUAUUAACGUCAAAGAGCUGUGUGAGCCCUGCUGGAAGCUGAUGCGAAACCUCUUGGGAACACACCUUGGUCACAGCGCUAUUUAUACCAUGAGCCGCAUCAUGGAAGACAAGGUGUAUUGGGAAGAUGCCCCAUUGUUGAGAGGAGCCGUCUUCUUUGUUGGGAUGGGGCUUUGGGGAGCACACAGGCUCUUCUGUCUAAAGAACUCUCCAAUAUCUGUGCUCCCCUCAUUUCUGAAGGCUAUGAAUUGCCCGAAUGCUGUGGUUUCCUAUGAGAUUGUCUUGUCCAUCACACGACUCAUAAAGAAGUAUGGGAGAGAACUGCAGGCGUCAACGUGGGAUGUGCUCCUGGCCGUCAUCGAAAGGUUGUUCCAGCAGCUGCAGGUUCUCCGCAGCCCGGAGUUGAAGGCUGCCAUGCACAAUUUGCUGACUGGAGUGGAGGAGCUCUAUGACCAGAAUGAAUUCCAUGGGGAGGAGCAGAGGUUUUUUGAACUGGUAGAGAAAUACUCUGAUGAUCGGCCUGCAGCCUCUGUGGUGAAUCUGAUAACCUACAGAGCUCGGUCCAUCCACCCGGGGAAGGAGGGGUGGAUACAGGAUCUGCAGAAGCUGAUGGAUAAGUAUUUCAGGAAUGAAUCUCGAUGUAUUGUACGAAUGAAAGUCUUGGAUGUCCUAUCCUUUGCAUUGAGCAUCAACAGACAAUUUUAUGAGGAGGAACUGAUAGAAAAGGUGGUGACCUGCCAGCUGGCGCAAAUCCCAGAGGAUAAAGAUCAUAAAGUCCGAAAGCUUGCCACGCAGCUCUUGGUUGACUUGGCAGAAUGCUGCCACUCUUGCCAUUUCAACAGUUUAAUGGAUAUCAUAGAGAGGGUUGUGACUCGAUCCUUGUCCCUUCCUGUGGACUCUACACAGGAUGCAUCAUCUUUGGAGGAUGUAAAAACAUCCGUGUUGGGCCUAAUGGUCAUCCUUCAGACCAAGCUAUACAUCCUCCCGGCCAGUCAUGCCAUACGUGUGUACGAAAUGAUGGUCAACCACAUUCAGCUUCACUACCUGAACCUGUACAGCUCUCCAAUCGCCGGAAGCAUCAGACUCCAGGUGUUUGACUUCUUCUUGCACCUGCGGACGGACUCUCUGAAGCGCAUUGGUCUCCCCAAUAAGGAUGGAGCUGUGAGGUUCAGCCCAUACUGUCUGUGUGAGUCUGUGAUUGAGCCUGAGAAGAGGCCGCCAGAGAGGAAGCCCGCCGGCACGCUGUCUCCCCCCUCUGGAAGCCCCAGCCUCUCUUCUCAGGGUGGUUGUCCUCGAUUGGGCUGCCUGCAUUUCUCUCUGGCUUUUGGGGUCAUUCUGCAAUGUUUAAAGCAGGAAACGGACUGGAAAGUCCUCAAACUGGUUCUCAAUAAACUGCCUGAGUGUCUUCGUUAUAAACUCCUCAUUCUGUCCUCUCCCUGUAACAUUGACCAGCUUUCUGCAUCUCUCUGUAACAUGCUCUCAGACCGGAGUGCCAGCGAUCGCUUGUAUAAUACCCCAGAUGGAUUCUCUCGUACUGAACUGCAGCUGGCUGUGGUUCCUGUACUGACUGCACUGACCUCAUACCAUCAAUAUCUGGAUAUCACCAAACAGAAGGAAAUGGUUCGCUGUCUGGAGACCGGCCUGAUCUAUCGCUGUGCCAAGCAGUGUGUGGUGGCUUUGUCCAUGUGCAUGGUAGAGAUGCCUGGGAUGCUGAUCAAGUCCCUUCCCGUGCUCAUCGUGAAGCUGACGCACAUCUCCGCCACUGUCACCAUGGCAAUACCCAUGCUGGAGUUCCUUUCUACCCUGGUCCGGUUGCCCCAUCUUUAUGGGAACUUUGCUGCAGAACAGUAUGCAAGUGUGUUUGCCAUUUCUCUGCCGUACACGAAUCCCUCAAGAUUUAAUCAAUACAUUGUGUUCCUGGCCCACCAUGUCAUUGCCAUGUGGUUUAUCCGAUGCAGACUGUCUUUGAGAAGAGAUUUUGUGCCUUACAUAACAAAGGGUCUGCGCUCCAACGUUCUGCAAAGCUUUGAUGACACUCCUGAGAAAGGGAGCUUCAGAGCCCGCAGCACCAGCCUGAAUGAGAGGCCUAAAAGCUUGAAGCUAUCCAAACCCUCCAAGCCGGGCUUGAGUGACUCGUCCCCCGUGAAGGAGAUGAGAGACCUCUCGAACGCCUUUCGCUCUCGCAGCAUCAGUGUGUCGGAGCGUGCUGCGUACAGUCGAAUGCAGCCCUCGGUGACCAGCUCUAGUCUCAGCUCUGCUGAUGAAAGCUCUGUGGCCCAGGCAGACGACAGCCUGAAAAACCUUCAUCUGGAACUAACGGAGAUCUGUCUAGACAUGAUGGCCAGAUAUGUGUUCUCCAACUUCACAGCAGUCCCUAAGAGGUCACCAGUUGGAGAGUUCCUGCUGGAUGGUGGAAGAACGAAGACCUGGCUUGUCGGGAACAAGCUGAUAACUGUGACAACUAGUGUAGGGAGGGGAACACGGUCACUUUUAGGGUUAGAUCCUGGGGAGGCCCCGAAGCCGUCAGACACGGAUUACUUUUUUAACAGCUCACCUAUGCAAACAGAGCAAGCCAAAGAAACGCCGCCAAAGAUCGACCUGCAGGCGAGAAAGCCGGGUAUGCAAACGCCGCGUCACAGAGUCCGCUCCAUGUCUGGUGGACAUGGGCUACGUGCUGGAUCAGACGGUGGAUCCUCUCCUGGUGGCGCCCCAGGAAGCAGAGGAGAUAAAAUUCCCCGCAGGCCUCAGGUCAAGAAGGAGAAAGCCACCCUGGCUGAUUUUGUGCCGGUGCUGACCCAAGGCUGGGCAGAAAUACUUGUACGAAGACCCACCGGUAAUACCAGCUGGCUGAUGAGUUUGGAGAAUCCACUGAGUCCCUUCUCCUCCGAUAUUAACAACAUGCCUCUCCAGGAAUUAUCCAAUGCUCUCAUGGCAGCAGAGCGAUUCAAGGAGCACAGAGAGACGGCUCUUUACAAAUCCCUCUCCAUGCCCGCCUCCUCCCUGACUGCUGCCACAUGCAAGCCUACCCUGCUGCAGAGAGCCAACACAGUGGCCUCUGUUUCUCCCAUCUCCCCGUCCAGUGAUCAAGGAAAGCUGCUUAGGAGCAUAUCCUGGGCAGAGUCCUCCGUACUCCCGGAAGAAGGCUCCCAGAAUGAAGCCGACGUAGACGUGACCUCUCCGGCUGCAUCUCAGGAGCUGGAAGACUUCAAGCCUGUGACCAUUGAUGACACACCAAGUGAAGAAAAAACGGACAAGAAGUCUGAAGGGAUCAGCAGGUCCUCCUCCACCUCCAGUCAAGAUUUGUCCACCCAGCAGUCAGAAGAGUCAGAAGUUGGUGGAAUCCCCAUUGAAGGCUCAACACGGGAGAUUCCUUUCCAGCCCUCGCAGACGCUGAGCAAGUCCAGCUCCUCCCCAGAACUGCAGACUUUGCAGGAACUGCCCAAGGAGCCCGAGGCUAAAGAAAUCACCAGUACCCCAACCCCAGAAGCCAAACCUGUGCUGCAGACACCCAGUGCAGAGCCACCUGUCAUCCAGACUGCCAGAGCAGAGGAAAAUGGUGCUAAAGAAGCUGGAGCCAGGCUUGAGCCGGGGCUGUCUCAGCAAUCUCCACAAUCUCCGAACGGAUAUCGCCCCAGAGGUCACACCAUUUCUGACUCUGAGCCCUCCCGUCGGGGAAGAAGGAUCAACGUUGAUGCUUUCAAGAACAGCACAAAGUCCACCAAAGCUGAAAAAGUGCCUGGAAUAGACCCAAGCUUUGUGUUCUUACAGUUGUACCAUUCUCCUUUCUUUGGGGAUGAAUCCAACAAGCCCAUCCUGGUCCCAAACACUGAGACAUUUGAUAGAACAAUGAAGCUGCUUGAUCAGAUCCCAUGCUAUGACACCCACAAGAUAGGAGUCCUGUAUGUUGGGGAAGGACAGAUUGGUGAUGAGAAGUCGAUUCUGUCCAAUGAGCACGGCUCCUACAGAUACACUCAGUUCCUGACUGGUUUGGGAAAACUGAUCGAUUUAAAGGAAACUCAGCCUGAUAAGAUCUUUCUAGGUGGUCUGGGUUGGCGUGGAGAGGAUGGUCAGUUCACUUACUGCUGGCAUGAUGACAUCAUGCAAGUCAUUUUCCAGAUCGCCACCCUGAUGCCCAAUUUGGAGAUCGAUCCUUACCGCUGCAACAAGAAGAGACAUGUUGGAAACAACUUUGUGAAUAUAGUUUACAAUGAUUCCGGAGAGUUCUACAAGCUAGGUACUCUGAGGGGUCAGUUUAACUUUGUGGAUGUGAACAUUCAGCCCCUGGACUGUGAGAGUAACUUGGUGACCUUGCAGUGUCGAAAAGAUAUGGAAGGCCUGGUUGAUAUCUCUGUUGCCAAAAUUGUGUCCGAUAAAAACCUUCCUUUUUUGGCCCGUCAGAUGGCGCUUCACUCAAACAUGGCAUCACAGGUGCACCACAGUAGAUCCAACCCCACAGACAUCUACCCAUCCAAGUGGAUUGCCAGGCUGCGACACAUUAAGAAGAUAAGACCUAAGGUCCAUGAGGAGCUGCUUGAAAUGUCCGCAAAUACGCCUUAUUCAAUCCACACCCUCUCCAGCAAACCACCUCCGCAGAAUCCGCCAUCAGCAAGUGGCUCGUUUGAAACCGGUCAGCGGACGCGGCUGAUAUCCGCCGUGGAUGACUUCACAGAAUUUGCAUAGACGAGGCGUGGAUGUGCUGGACUGGAUGAACGGUACACCCCAAAGCAUUGACGGGGAUAUAGUGGAGUUAGACUACCAUACGCUGAACACUAAACCUUUCAGACCGCAUGUAGCAAGACUGCAGCACAGCAUUUUAGAAGAGACUCUGAAUUAAAUUAUUUUUCAAUACUGAAAUGGAACCCUAAUUUAUUAAAGACUUCAUCGGAGAGGAUGCAAAGACCAUAAAACAUUCACCUGAAGAUGAUCUUUAUUUGGACACAUAAGUGCCCACUUUUGCUUAAAAGUUGUUUUCUGCACAAUUCUAAAAUAAAGUUUAAAAAAAUCUAUUUCUC